GCACUUCCGGCUUCGCGGAGAUUCUGGGAGGCAACGGUAUGCUGGAGACAGAGCGACUGGUGCUGCCCCCUCGGGGGCCCUUGGACCUGCCCCUCUGUGCCUUGGAGCUCGGAUGCACUGGUCGCUGGGAGCUUCUGAGCCCGCCCCAGGUCUCGGACCCGCCGGCCGGCACCCUCUCCCAUGGGCUACCACCAUGUGCCCCAGAGCUUCAGGGAGAGACUGAGCAACUGUUUCUGUCAUCUCCUGAAUGGCUGCCCCUGCACGGCGUGGAACGUGUGGCCGGGAAAUGGCAGAGGAAGACGGACCCGUGGUCUCUCCUGGGGCUCCCAGGAGCUCCUGUCCCAUCGGAUCUACAGGCUCAGAGACACCCAACCACUGGCAGAGUCCUGGGCUACAGAGAGGUCUUGUUGGAGGACACAAACCUCUCGGCCACAACUUCCCUGUCUCUACGCCGGCCCCCGGGACCCUCAUCCCAGGCCUUAUGGGGCAACCCAACACACUACCCAUUUUGGCCAGGAGGGAUGGAUGAACCUACCAUAGCAGAUCUGAGCACGUGUGGGGACUCCGAGGAAGAGAUUGACUUUGAGAAAGAUCUCCUUACUAUCCCUCCAGGCUUCAAAAAAGGUGUAGACUUCACCCCAAAGAAUCACUCAACCCAUGCUUCUGGCCUCCUCAGUCUCAGCCAUCUCCUGGAGCCCUUGGAACUGGGUGGAGGGGAGGAGGAGGAAGAAGAGACUUCUGGAAGAUUGGGGGGUCCUGAAGGGGAUAGCGUUACAACCUCCACCUCUGAACCCCCAUUGGUCCGUGCUAGUAGCCUGGAGGAUUUAGUCCUAAAGGAAGCAUCAGCCCCCAUGCCUCCUCCGGAGCCUCCAAAGCCCCCAGUCUUGGAACAAUGGGCCAUUCCUGUGGAUAUUACUUCGCCUGUGGGAGAUUUCUACCGGCUCAUCCCCCAACCUGCCUUCCAGUGGCCGUUUGAACCAGAUGUAUUUCAGAAACAGGCUAUUCUGCACCUGGAGAGACAUGACUCUGUUUUUGUUGCUGCUCACACAUCUGCAGGAAAGACUGUUGUGGCUGAAUAUGCCAUUGCCCUUGCCCAGAAACAUAUGACCCGUACUAUCUAUACAUCACCCAUCAAGGCCCUGAGUAAUCAGAAGUUCAGAGAUUUCCGAAACACAUUUGGUGAUGUGGGACUGCUCACAGGGGAUGUCCAGCUACAUCCUGAAGCCUCCUGCCUCAUUAUGACCACAGAGAUCCUUCGCUCCAUGCUGUAUAGCGGCUCAGAUGUGAUUCGAGACCUUGAGUGGGUGAUAUUUGAUGAGGUCCAUUACAUCAAUGAUGCUGAGCGAGGAGUAGUAUGGGAAGAAGUCCUCAUCAUGCUCCCCGAUCAUGUUUCCAUCAUCCUCCUCAGUGCCACUGUCCCCAAUGCCCUCGAAUUUGCAGACUGGAUUGGGAGGCUGAAGCGUCGGCAUCUUUAUGUGAUCAGCACAGCUGCCCGACCGGUUCCCUUGGAGCAUUUUCUGUUCACUGGGAAUAGUCCAAAAACCCAAGGAGAGCUAUUUCUGCUUCUGGAUUCACGAGGAGUCUUCCACACUAAGGGAUACUAUGCAGCUGUGGAGGCCAAGAAGGAGAGGACUAGCAAACACGCACAGACCUUUGGGGCAAAGCAGCCAAUGCACCAGGGGGGGCCUGGACAGGACCGAGGCAUAUACCUCUCCCUCCUGGCCUCCCUACGGAGCCGUGCCCAGCUCCCUGUGGUUGUGUUCACCUUCUCCCGGGGGCGAUGUGAUGAGCAGGCAUCAGGCCUCAGCUCUCUUGACCUUACCACUAGCUCUGAGAAAAGUGAGAUCCACCUUUUCCUGCAGCGAUGCCUUGCCCGACUUCGAGGCUCUGACCGCCAGCUACCUCAGGUACUGCACAUGUCAGAGCUCCUUGGCCGGGGUCUAGGUGUCCACCACAGUGGUAUUUUGCCUAUUCUCAAGGAGAUUGUGGAAAUGCUCUUCAGUCGUGGUUUGGUCAAGGUCCUAUUUGCUACAGAGACCUUUGCUAUGGGUGUGAACAUGCCAGCACGGACUGUGGUGUUUGACUCUAUGCGCAAGCACGAUGGUGCAACAUUUCGUGACUUGCUCCCUGGGGAAUAUAUACAGAUGGCAGGGCGGGCAGGGCGUCGUGGCCUGGACCCUACAGGCACUGUCAUCUUACUCUGUAAGGGACGUGUGCCUGAGAUGGCUGAUCUGCACCGGAUGGUGUUGGGGAAGCCUUCCCAGCUACAGUCCCAAUUCCGCCUCACAUAUACAAUGAUCCUUAACCUGCUUCGGGUCGAUGCACUCAGAGUGGAAGAUAUGAUGAAGAGAAGCUUUUCUGAGUUCCCUUCAAGAAAGGACAGCAAGGCCCAUGAGCACACUUUGGCAGAACUGACAAAACAACUUGGAGACCUGGAGGAGCCAGACACGUCGGGCCAGCUGGUUGACCUUCCUGAGUAUUACAGCUGGGGGGAGGAGCUGACAGAGACUCGGGGCCUGAUCCAGCGACGGAUCAUGGAAUCAGUGAAUGGGCUGAAAUCUCUGUCAGUAGGAAGAGUGGUGGUUGUUAAGAAUCAGGAACAUCAGAAUGCACUAGGAGUGAUCUUGCAGGUCUCCUCAGACACCACAAAUAGAGUCUUCACAACUUUGAUUCUGUGUGAGAAGCAGCCCCUUGAGGGGCCACUGCCUGGCAGUUCCAGCUCCCUUGAUGUCCCCUAUCCUGAUGAUCUGGUGGGUCAUAAGCUGUUCCUGCCUGAAGGGCCUUGUGAUCAUACUGUGGCCAAGCUUCAGCCAGGUGACAUCACUGCCAUCACAGCAAAGAUGCUACGGGUGAAUGGGGAGCGAAUCUUGGAGGAUUUUAGCAAGAGGCAGCAGCCAAGAUUCAAGAAGGACCCUCCUUCUCCAGCUGUGACCUCCGCCGUUCAAGAGAUGCUCCGCUUGGCUCAGGCACACCCAGCAGGGCCCCCAGCCCUGGAUCCAGUCAAUGACCUUCAGCUGAAGGAGGUGGCAGUAGUAGAGGGUGGGCUUCGUGCUCGGAAGCUGGAGGAAUUGAUCCGAGGUGCCCAGUGUGUACACAGUCCUAGGUUUCCAGCCCAGUACCUGAGGCUGCGGGAACGUGCUCAGAUCCAGAAGGAGAUGGAGAGAUUACAGUUUCUACUGUCAGAUCAGUCACUGCUCCUGCUGCCAGAGUACCAUCAGCGUGUGGAGAUUCUGCGGACAUUGGGCUAUGUGGAUGGGGCAGGGACCGUGAAGCUGGCAGGGAGGGUGGCAUGUGCCAUGAGUAGUCAUGAACUGCUUCUGACAGAGCUCAUGUUUGACAAUGCACUGAGCGCCCUUCGGCCAGAGGAGAUUGCUGCUCUGCUAUCUGGCCUUGUCUGCCAAAGUCCCGGAGAUCCUGGAGACCAGUUGCCGAGCACUCUUAAACAGGGCAUAGAGCGUGUCAAGGAUGUGGCCCGGCGGAUUGGUGAGGUUCAGGUAUCCUGUGGCCUGAACCAGACUGUGGAAGAGUUUGUGGGAGAACUCCACUUUGGGCUGGUAGAAGUUGUCUAUGAGUGGGCACGAGGCAUGCCUUUCUCCGAGCUGGCAGGGCUAUCAGGGACCCCAGAGGGCCUGAUUGUCAGAUGUAUCCAGCGCCUGGCAGAGAUGUGUCGUUCAUUGCGAGGGGCCGCCCGGCUGGUGGGAGAACCAGUCCUGGGUGCUAAGAUGGAGGCAGCUGCCACGAUGCUGCGUCGUGACAUAGUCUUUGCUGCCAGUCUUUACACCCAAUGAUCCUUCUGUAGUACCUACCCUGUUGGUUUCUCCAUGGCCCUGUGCCAAAGAAUAGGCCAUGAAGGAACCAAUUUCUUUUAAAAAAAAUUAAUAAAGCAGCAAAUCAUGCUAAUGUGUGUGA